CCGACUCCCAGAGCCCUGCUGUCCCCGAAUCAUGCAGCCUACCCCCGCCUUUGGCUCUGCCCCCUCCAUCCACCUCGUCCCUGAUCUGUCCUCCCCGUCCGAACCCCCUUCUUCCCGCUCUUCUGUCACUGUCUCCUCGCCCCCCGUGACAGACCCCUCCUCAUUCCCUUUCUCUGAGCCCCCCUCCUUGUCCUCCUCCCCGCCCCUCGACGCCGCGCCUUCCACGGCGCCCUGCGCCCGGGCCUCCCCCUAUCUGAGCAUAAGCAUCAUGGAGAGGCUGAUUAGGACCUGCCCCGUGUGGUUGCAGCUGGGCAUGUCGCAGGAGAAGGCCUCUCUCAUCCUGCAGGGAGAGAGCCCCGGGAUCUUCUUAGUAAGAAAAAACAUCAGCAGGAAGAGGAUGAUCUUGUCAGUGCGUCUCUCUGACCAGGAGGGGGCCCCGCAUGUCCAGGACAUACUCAUCAAAGAGGAGAAAUCACUAAUCUACCUAGAGGGCUCCAUCCUGGUUUUUGACAAUAUCUUCAAACUCAUCGCCUUCUACUGUCUGAGUCGAGACAUCCUCCCGUUCACGCUGAGGUUACCGCAGGUCAUCGUCCAGGCAACCAAAUAUGAGGACAUGGAUAUCAUCGCAAGUCUGGGCUCAAAUUUCUGGGGCUCCUCCCUGAACAGCAGACCGGAGGGCGAGCCCGCACCCGAGAUCAAUCCGUCCGUCAGGAACAGCAGCCUGUGGUACGUGAGCCUGAUCUCCGUCGAGGAGCACUGCGAUGGACUGGCGCUGGCCGCACCCAUGUCCCGGAGCCAGAGCCUGACCACGCCCGGCCAGGCCCACCCGCCCUCGCGGCCCCUGCGGCCGCACCCCUGGGACAUUUCGCCGACGGGGCCCCGACAGGCCGUCGACGGCCCCGGGGAGAGUAUCGCUCGGCCCCCCGCGCCCGCACCCCCGCCCCCGCGCGGGCAGAAAGAGGAAGGAAGCAGCAGUUGCAGAGAUAGCAGGCAGUGGCGCAGCGCAGGCAGCGUCGGCGAGACAGAGCUGUCUCUGCGGUCUUCGGAGCGAGGCGCCGACACCCGGCUCACUCGUCAGAGCCUCCCCCUGCUCAGCGUCUGCGAGAGGCACCCAGAGGAGCCGGCCGAGAUGCAUGGCGCCACCGCGAAGAAGGCGACACGCCCGGCCUCGGCCACCAUCUGCACCGAGACCACAGCCCCCUCGGGAAAACACGGCAACGCCACAGCCGCUCUCAGGACCAACGCCUUGGCUAAGGGCCUGUCCCCGGUCCCCCCGCCCCGGAGGAAGAGGACGUCCCAGCUCAACUCCACCAGCGCUCCCACGGAGACUGUCCAGCAAGGGGGCACCGACCCACCCCUGAGCUCCUCCCCCAUGACCGGCCGUCGCCCUACAUCUAGCGGGGACCAAACAGGCUCCAACACGUCCCUGCACACCCCUGAGGGUGGGGCAACGCCCAUCUGCCAGGACUCCUACUCCAACAGCAGCACGGAGGAGGAGGCGGACCCGUCGGGCGGCGCCAUGGCAACGGCCAUGCGGAGGAGCCCCACAGUCAUCCUGGACCGGGCCAAGCAGAGGCUCUCCAUGGUCAGCCUGUCCCAGGUCUUCAACCGUUUCAUGAAGGCGGACCGGAAGCUGCACCGGCGCAUCGUGGAGCUGGCACGCGACCGCGACUCCUACUUCGGCAACCUGGUGCGGGACUACCAGGCCUUCACGCUGGAGACCAUGAAGAAGCACGGCUCCAGCACCGAGAUGCUGCAGGAGAUCCGGCAGAUGCUCACCCAGCUGAAGAGCUACCUGAUCCAGAGCCGGGAGCUCCAGGGGCUUCCGGAGGCUGCCCUUUACCCGGAGGACAAGCUUGAGGCUGUAAUCGAGGUGGCGCUGUACAAGGGCGUGCUGAAGCCGCUGCGGGAGGCCGUGUACGCCGGUCUGAGGGCCAUACACACCCGGGACGACACCCUGAACAAGCUGAAGGAGAACCAGCAGGUGGUCCUCAACAGCACCACCACCGAUCUGGGCGUGACCACCAGCGUGCCCGAGGCGCCCGUCAUGGAGAAGAUCCAGCUCCGGCUGGACGUACUGCACAAGGAGUACUCGCCUGAGGAGAAGAUCUCUCACCUGCUCAAGACCUGCAAGAUGAUCUACGAGUCCAUGUCCGUGGGCUGCCCAGGGAAGCCCCAUGGUGCAGAUAACUUCCUCCCGGUGCUGAUGUAUGUCCUGGCACGCAGUAACAUUACAGCACUGCUGCUGGAUGUGGAGUACAUGAUGGAGCUCAUGGACCCUGCACUUCAGCUGGGAGAAGGUUCCUACUAUCUGACGACUACAUACGGGGCUCUGGAACACAUCAAGAACUACGACAAGCAGGCGGUGACACGGCACCUGAGCCUGGAGGUGCAGGACUCCAUCCACCGCUGGGAGCGGCGCCGCACCCACAACAAGGCGCGCCUGUCACGCUCCUCUGUGCAGGACUUCAUUAACGUGUCCUUCCUGGAGGUGGGCGCCGAUGCCAAGACCCUGUGUGUCUGCACAAGCACCACGACCCAGGAGCUGUGCGUUCAGUGCUCCGCCAAGUUCGAGGUGGAGGAGCCCGAGACGUUCGGACUGUGGGUGUCGGUAGAGGGGCAGGCCCGGCUGCUGGCAGCGGACGAGUAUCCCCUGACCGUCAAAGCUGACCUGCACUACAGCGAGCCCCGCAAGGAGUUCUGUUUCAUAUACCGACGGGGGAGCUGGAGGCAGGGGGCCGACGCCCCAAACCCCCCGCAGCCCGGGACAGACUGACCUGAGGGGUGGGGCAGCCUCCGCAGCCGGAAGCCAAAGUUUUGAUUGGAUGACCUCCUCUGUUUAUUUCAGUUGCGGCAUGGAGGAAUACGACAGAGGCGUUUCAUGCUAUGUUUGUGUGAAAGACGUGCCCGCUUUUGAUGUUCUCAACAGUAAACUGUACCCCGGCACUGUAGGUGUAACUCUCAGGAUGGGGGAAGCUCUGUAGCCCCUUUUGUUUUUUUUUUUACUCAGUGCUGCCCCCUGAGGACAGGGACGGAGAUGCAUGCAGUCUUGUGUGGAACAUUCCGGUAGCUUCUUUUGUUCUAUAAUU